GCUCCAAGAAUACAUUAUGGAAUACCGGGAUAAAUGUCGGUUCUGCCCUCGGAACUCCAGUCCCAUAUAAGAGCCCAUGCUGCCACACAGUCUCACCACAGCACAUCAGUUCUCUUCCUUCUCCCCUAACUCUGAAGAAGAAGCCAUCACUGGUGGAAGGAAGAUGCAGGCGAAGAAGUCGAGGGUGGCCGCCAUUGCCACCCUGUGCAUGCUCCUCCUGAUGCUGUCCGGGCAGCAGCAGCAGGUGGCCGCCAUGUCCAAGUUCUGCCGGUGCUACCGGGAGUGCUACCCCGAGUGCAGGCACACGGCCCCGCGGUUAGCCUGUGAUUUCUUCUGCCUCAACAAAUGCAGCCCCAACAAGGCCAGACACAGCGGCGCCUCAUACUGCAGGGCGGCUUGCGGCCUGGACUCCAUCUGCGACACGCCCGUGAAGCCCGCUGCUGAUCCAGAGGCCUGUGUGCGUGACUGCAACCAGAAGCGGAACCACAAUUGA